UAUCAGCGUAAAAGUCGAAAUUCUCCACAUAUAAAUAAAAGUGUGGGCACUGUAAAUUUAUUGGCCAUUUCUUGAAUUGCUACCCGCUGCUGUAGCCGUAUAUUUCUUAUUUGUUAUUGUUGUUGUAUUCAAAGUGUGCCAUUAUCGUGUGCUUAUCGAAAAAUAAACGCAUUGCAAUAACAAAUUAAAAAAGAACGAAGAACAAAAAAAAAAUCGCAAGUUAAUUGGCGUUUGUUACGAUUCUAGCUGAAUCGCCGUGUCCGGUGUGCUUAGUUGUUCGAAGCACGUCGUACACUCGAAACGUAACCAACGCCCUCUCUAAUUACCAGUAAACAGCGCAGUGUUGGGCGCGGUAUGAGAAUAUAGGCAAACCGCCAAGAUCACGAAAGAGAAACACACGCAAAAUGUACGGAACUCCAAAGGUAGCCAUCAAACAUUUUGAUAGCCUCAAGCUAUGGACCAAUUGGGCUGGUGCACUUGGCAUGGUGCAAGCUUGUAUUUGGAUAGGCUUAACUAUUACAGCCAUUUUAGCCUAUAAUUGCGAGCUUUAUAUAUCAGAUUAUAUGACCUGGGGCUCCUAUCUGAAGUUGGUCUUCUUUGAUGUUUACUUCCGCGGAAAUUGCCAAAUGUCGACCUCGGAUUACCAAAACUAUAAUACCGGAACUCUUUACACAGUGCAAACUGUAUUCACGCAAGAAGAUAUUUUGAUAUGGUCUAGCGUUUACCUCGGGGUUUCAGUUUGUUGGCUGAUCGUAUCGAUUGUUCUGCUGGCAUGCGUGCGCAAAGACAAUGUCAAGCUCACCCUUGGAGCCAUCUACGCAUGGGUCUGCUUUAUGGCCAUCGUUUGUGCAAUGGAUGUUGCUGCGGGCGUCAUCUUUGGCAUUGACUAUGAUCGCUUCCACGCCAAGGCAUUAACCAUGAAUGCGAACAGCAUUAAUGUGGGGGAAAUAAAUCCGAAUGGUGCGCAGCUUCUUGCCGCUGGCGUUGCGGCGCUCUCCAUGAUGAUCAUCUCCUUAAAAGGCUUCGUGCUGUGGCUGAUGAACUUCGGUCUGCUCGUCUAUCUAUUAGCGCGCGCCUUGCAAAUUGUUCUUGAUAAGAAAGACACGGAAACCCUUUUCAUGCCACGCAAGGAUUCGGACGACAUUCUAACUACACGUGCACCCAUACGCGCCUACGAAGAUGAGACUAUCAAGGUGCAGGCUUAUAGUAACGAAGCCUAUAUUCCGGAAACCCGCUCCACUGCUGAAACCAUUGAGGUCAAUGAAGAAGCAAUAGUGCGUGCAGCUCACAUGUCACAGGAUGCAAGUCUAAUGGACCGCCGUUUCCGCAACAUUGACGCAUUCCAGCAAUAUCCUGCUCCCAAUUCCAGCCGCACUCCACGCCAGCAAUCUCAGGGUCCUGUUCAAGAGACUGUUAUCGUUGCUACUGCAGGCUUUCCAGUGCCCGACUAUUCACCGCAGCCCAGCCCCAAUCCCAAUGGCAUAUUGCGCCAUCCACACUACUAAACCAUAGGCAUAUGCCACCAGCAAUAAUUCACAUAAUUCUCAAAUAAGUACCGCCCCAGUAAAGCAGCUAAAAUUAAGUUCAAUGUAACAAACUUUCGUCGCCACCUUAAUAGUUCUUAUCGGAGCUCAUUUUGCAUAUUAAUUUUUAUUUAUUUAUGUGUAAACAAUGUAUGCAUACAAACAUAUUUAUGUACUUUUAUGGCUACAGACAAUUGCUACUGUAAAUAUAUGCUAUUAAUCUAAAUACAUUUAUUGUUCUUUGCACGUCCAGUCCAA